UCCGGAGCCUCCUCUCCCUCCUCCCGGCUCCGGUCCUGAGCUCCCACUUUCCGUCACCUACUCCCGGGCGUCGUACCUCUCCCGACCAUCACCUGCAGACCCUAACCCCGCGACCCUACUCCGGAGGAUCCCCCGCCCCGCCUGCAGCCCCCGGGACUCCCCGCCCGCUUCCUCCCCGCGCCCUCUCCCUCCGCCGUCUUCCCCUCUCCCCUCCCCGCGAAGUUUCGGGGCUGUCAGUCUGUCCGUCUUUCGGCCAGUCUGCACCCGAGCUGCAGGCAGCGGGCGCCAUUGUGAGCAGAGCCGGCUAGGGUAGGAGGCCGGGGCGCCUGGGUCCCCGCCGCGAGCGAGCGGGUGAAGCGUCUGGCCGGCCAGGUAAGGGCCGGGGAGGCUCCCGGCUGCCGGCGGCUCCGCCCCGCUCCCCGAGCAGCGGGAAGACGCUCUGGGUGCAGGGUCUGUGGCCUGAUUCCCAGGAGGAGCUGCCCUGGGUUGCCAUGAGGGAGACCUUGGAAGCCCUCAACUCCCUGGGCUUUUCUGUGGGUCAGCCGGAGUUGGCCCCCCAGAGCGAGCCCAGGGAGGGGUCCUCUAAAGCCCCGGAGCAGCCAGCGUCUUCCAGGGAAGAGCAGACCCUGGGCGUGCGCUCAGGACCUGAAGCUCCCAGACCCGAGGAGGGGGCUCGCACUGAACAAGCUGAGACUCCCAGUCUUGGAGGCCAGCCGUGCCCACAGAAGGCUGAGCCCAUGGGCUCCUGCCCAGGGGAGGAGUGGAUGAUUCGGAAGGUUAAAGUCGAGGAUGAGGAGCAGGAGGCCGAAGAGGAAGUGGAAUGGCCCCAGCAUCUGUCCUUAUUGCCUAACCCGUUUCCUGCGCCUGACCUGGGUCACUUGGCCGCUGCGUACAAACUGGAGCCAGGCACAGCAGGAGCGUUGAGUGGGUUGGCCCUGGCCGGGUGGGCUCCGGUCGCGGAGAAGCCCUAUGGCUGCGGAGAGUGCGAGCGGCGCUUUCGGGACCAGCUGACGUUGCGGCUACACCAGAGGCUGCAUCGGGGCGAGGGUCCCUGCGCCUGCCCGGACUGCGGGCGCAGCUUCACGCAGCGCACGCACAUGCUGCUACACCAGCGCAGUCAUCACGGCGAGCGACCCUUCCCGUGCUCUGAGUGCGACAAGCGCUUCAGUAAGAAGGCGCACCUGACCCGCCAUCUGCGCACCCACACGGGCGAGCGACCCUACCCGUGUGCAGAGUGCGGUAAGCGCUUCAGUCAGAAGAUACACCUGGGCUCCCACCAGAAGACUCACACGGGCGAGCGGCCCUUCCCUUGCACCGAGUGCGAAAAACGCUUUCGAAAGAAGACGCAUUUGAUUCGACACCAGCGCAUCCACACGGGCGAGAGACCCUACCAGUGCGUCCAGUGCACCCGCAGCUUCACACACAAGCAGCACUUGGUGCGACACCAGAGGGUGCACGAGGCGGCUAGCAGGGCCCAGCCUUCCCUCGAAGCGCCCGCCUCGCCCCAUUCCCCUACGGCAUUCCCCACUCCCUCCCCUCCGGGGCCCAGGCCUUUUGCUUGCUCCGACUGUGGCCUGAGUUUCGGCUGGAAGAAGAACCUCGCCACGCACCAGUGUCUGCAUCGCAAUGAGGGGCGUCCUUUUGGGUGUGAGGAGUGUGCGCUGAGCGCCUCGGUGGACCCUGCCACGACCGAGUCCCUGGCCUGUGCUCCCCGGGGUCCGGACUGUGCCCCCGGCUCCGGCCCCGCGGCACCCCAGCGCGCUCCGGCUAGCGACCGGUCCUUUUUCUGUUCCGACUGCGGCCGCGGCUUCGCUCACGGGCAGCACCUGGCGCGGCACCGGCGCGUGCACACUGGAGAACGGCCCUUCGCCUGCGCCCAGUGUGGCCGUCGCUUCGGCUCUCGGCCCAACCUGGUCGCCCACGCCAGGGCGCAUAGCGGGGCCAGGCCUUUCGCUUGUACGCAGUGUGGCCGCCGCUUCAGCCGCAAGUCGCACCUGGGCCGCCACCAGGCAGUGCACACGGGCAGUCGCCCCCACGCCUGUGCCGUUUGCGCCCGCAGCUUCAGCUCCAAAACCAACCUGAUCCGCCACCAGGCGAUCCACACAGGCUCGCGCCCCUUCCCGUGCCUGCAGUGUGGCAAGAGCUUCAGCCGCAAGACACACCUGGUGCGGCACCAGCGCAUCCAUGGCGAAGCCACGCGCUCCUCCUCAGACGCAGACCUCUCGGCCGCGGCCUGGCCCACUGCAACGGAUGUGGGGCCGCCGCCAAUCCUUUUCUGAGCCUGCUUCUUGCCAGGAUCCUUUGUCUGGAGAGACACCACCCC